AGCCAGUCGCGCCUCCACAAACUAUCCCUACACCCGCUCCCACCUGAUACCUUCUCAACUUCUCCUUAUCUCACGCUCUUUCAAUUAAGCUUACUCGACACUGUCCUCUCUCUCUCUCUCUCUCUCCUCUUUCGCUCUCACGCACAAACACACACACACACAACAGACACACUACACUAACACAUGGCAUCGGAAAAUCAGCACGACGCCUUAAUCUCCGCAGUCCCACCACCCAACACCACCACCACCGCCCCUUCGCCAGACCCACCUCCACUCGACAACCCAACCACCGCCACCCCAAAUCCCCCAAAACGGCAGCGCCGCCCCAGCGUCCGCCUCGGCGAGAUCGGCGGCGACCCACCUUACGACGCCCACCAACGCCGCCCCAGCAGAACCUGGCGCUUCCACAAGGACCCAUCCUUCGCCGCCAAAACCUCCAAAACCCGCCCCCUAACCAAUCUCGUCAACGGCGGAGCCGCCGCAGCCGAUUCCAAUGUCCACGAUUCCGUCGAGCUCUCCCAAAAUUACGUCGAUUUCACCCAACGGAAGCCGAAAAUCAAGAAGCCCACAAAAAGGGUCCGCACAAAUUGGACCAAAUUCGACUCCUCCGCCAUCAACAACAAUGUAGGCGGCGGCGGCGGCGGAGGAGGAGCAGGGUUAAUCGAGAGCACGAACCUCUUACAAGAAGAAGACGACAACAAUAACGACGAAUUUAGGGAUUUCGAGGCCGAGGGUUCGGAUAGCCCUAUGUUGAAAGAGCAACAAAGCCCGAUUAAUUCGGGAGAGAACAUGGGUUUACAGUUUUGGGAUCAACAGAGAAGGGGCAACGGAGUUCAUAUUAACAACGAGGUUAAUUCGCCGGAGAAGCAGAGUGAAGGGAACAACGUAGGGGUGAGGGAAUGGUUACUAGGGUUAGGGUUGGGGAGAUACGCCCCCGUUUUCGAGAUACACGAAGUCGACGACGAGGUUUUGCCUAUGCUCACAUUGGAGGAUCUUAAGGAUAUGGGAGUCAAUGCCGUUGGUUCUCGUAGGAAAAUGUACUCCGCCAUUCUCAAGCUGCGUAAAGGCUUUUCGUGAGUUUGUUUUUCUUUUCGUUUCUUGUAUGGAUUGUUUUUCUUUUUUUAGUUGUUUGUUGUUUUUCGUUUAUGUGUUAGCAACUUGAGUAAUAAUAAUAAUGAUAUGAUUUUUGUUGAGGUAGUAACUUGGGUUUUUCGUUUAUUUCGAUUUUGAUGUGCCCGUGGUUAGUUAGUUGUGACAAAUACAAUGUUGUGACUUAAGAGUUAUAAAUCUUUAGGAAUGUAU